AUGUCGGCUUCAGAGAGUGAGGUUGAGGUCAAUGGCCAUCAGAAUGCAACGGACGAUCAUCUGAGUGAAGAAGAUGCUGGCGGCCUGUUUGGAUCGGGCUCGGAAGACGGUGGUUCAGGUGAUGAGAAUCGCAGUAGCAAGAGGCGCAAACUUGAUGAUUCUGAGCUUGACUCGGGUGACGAUGAAGGCAGACGCGACCGACUCAAAGAGCUUGUGGAUGAGGAGGACGAUGCCCCAGAGAGGACUGCCAUUAUCACAGACAUCUCCAUUGGCCGACAUCAUGGUCCAUCGCCUAGUGAUGGAGAGCUCUACAUGCUUCAAUUCCCGAGCAACAUCGGCAUUAAUCCGAAAUCCUUUACACUAGAUGGCUUUGAGCCUCCCGUGACCGAUCAUCACUCCUCAGGCCCCGCUUCUUCAACCUUCUCUGCGUUUGCGACGUCUAACAACACAAUUCGAUGGCGGAAAUCACCUAGUGACUCUUCUGUUAUUCAAUCUAAUGCACGAGUCAAUCGCUGGUCAGAUGGCUCCCUCACUUUGCAAUUAGCGUCCAAUCCACGGGAGCAGUUCGAGCUAUCCGCAAAAGCGCUCGCUCAGCCUCAAGUAAACCCCAAGAAACCUACUCCGACAUCUGUCAAAGGCAACCGUAGCAAUCUUCAGGCCUACGAUUCGCGUCUGGACUCUCACACAUACCUUGCUGCUCCUCACGAGCAUGCGGGUCUAAUGAGGAAUAUUAGACAGAUUACAGUGUCCCUAGCCGUCCAAUCAUCCGAGCAAGACGACGAUGCCCUUCUCCGUCUGCAACAAGGACUUGCCGCCGCUGCGAGAGGCAACAAGGCGACCGCAGACGGAGGUGUGGAAGUUAUCAGCAUUAACGAAGAUCCUGAGAAUGCCAAGCGAAGAGCAGAGCUUGCAGAAAAGGAGAAGACGAAAAUGCAGCGCCGAUAUCAGACUCAGCAGGAACGGGAAAAUAAUCGCGCGAAUAAUGUGCUAAAACGCUCCGGCCUUCGUCCAGGCGGUAUGGGUGCGGGUGGUCUCACGGUCGGUGGAUUGGAGGACGAUGAGAUGAUGGGCUCUUCAGCACGGAAAACCAAAUCGAAAGCUAGAAAGCCCAGAAGACGCAACGAUGAAUACAGUGAUGACGAGGACUUCGGAGGGAGGAGACGGACAAAGGAAGACGAGUAUGAUGAAGACGACGGGUUCCUGGUCGGUAGCGAUGAAGAGCCUGAGGUAGUCGAUGAAAGCGAAGAGGAAGCGGAGGGCUCAGAUCUGGACGCUGAAGGUGAGGAGGACGAGGAGGUUAUGCCGCGGAAAUCGGAGCCAAAACCACCAGAGACUGGAGAAGAGGCCGCUGGAGGGGCCCGGGGAAAGAGGAGGCGGAUUAUUGAGGAUGAGGACGAAGAGUGA